GAGCUCAGAGAGUGAUUACUACUGCCUGAAUCAGUCUUGUUUUCAUGGAAUGAACUGUCAGUCAGUGGAAUAUCAUUUUGCUUCUAGUCCAACACUUGCUAAAUGGUGAGUGGCUAGUGCGCCACACCCAGCCUGCGUUGCCAUGGAUGCCUGUGCCCGUAUCCGAGGAGUUCCUCUCAGGACCAGAGCCUCCAUCAGGAAAGAGACGGUGCGUGACAGCGGGCCUCAGUGUGUGAAGAGCCUUCUGAGGAGCAGGAAGGAGCUGUGCAGCAUGGGACUGGAGCUACAGACCAGAGACACACCACGCCUGACUGAGAUCCAUUUUGUGUGUUUGCCUGGCCUCUCUGAAGGAGAGGAUCUAACUCUACAGGCCCUGUCGUCUCUCCCAGGGGACCUGGCGGAGCUCCUGAGGUCUCCCCACGUUACCAGCCUGAGGAACGAAGAGGUGCUGCUGCUGAAGGACAGCAGGAAACCAGCCGACAGGAGGGACUCUACAACACAGCAGUGCUCGCUAAAGGCAGUGUGUGUUGUAAGGCACAGCUCCAGCCCCAGUCAGCCCAUUGUUGGUGUGUUGGUGGGCCUGCUGGGGCGUUAUGCUGCGGGGGUCCGUUAUGCCCUGGAGCUCCAGGCCCUCCACAGGGGCACGGCAGAACCCUGCCAGCCCGAGGACGAUGACACCAACCAGUCUGUGUCUUCCAUCGAAGAUGACUUUGUCACCGCUCUGGAACACCUAGAGGAGGAGGCCACCGGAGAGAAUAACAACGCCGAUGACUCUUAUCUCCAUGGAAACCAGCGUGAUGUGGCCUCCCAGACAGUCCCUGCCCACAAGAGAGACAAGGACCUAUCAGGCUCCAGGAUCAUAAUCAGCUCUGCCCACAGGAUGUCUUCAACCAAUCGUAGGUCUCCUCCAGAGGUGUCCGUUACCGUACAGUGCUCCAGAAGGGCAGAGUCCCAGUGGACCCUCUGCAGCCCUAGAGCCCGGCUCCCCUUCCCCACACGUCCCGUCAGCGAAUCAGAAGAGUCGGACGGCUCCAGCCCUAGUCCAAUCAUCUUCCUAGAUGAGGUUGGCUACCAGAAAAGUCUCAAAGCGACACUGGACAUCCCGCAGAUCCCCGGGGGGCCAACGGACAGGGUGGAGGACUCUGACUCUGAGGUCAGCGAGUUCUUCGACAGCUUUGACCAGUUUGACGACCUAGACGAGCUGAGCUCAGAGAGCUGUACAGUCACCCUGCCUCUAGACCCGACUUCCUCUGUUAUCAUUACCGGCCCAGACCAGAAGAAGAAGUACUCUGGUACUGGCAAGUCAGGGUCCAAGAAAGUGUCCCGAAGCUGUUCCACCAUGAACCCCCACCGGUUCGACCAGCGCACCCUCCCUGCGAAUGUGAAGAAGCCUACCCCGCUCAGAAGCCCCCUUCCCCUUGGCUCUCCGUAUGGAUCCCCUGACUCCCCCCGGCCGGCCCGGACCUCCUGUGAGGAAGGUGGAGGUCCUCUGUUCAGCCCCGUUAGCUCCUCAGCCUUCAGCCCACUAGGAGAUGGAGCUCUGGAUUACUUCUGGAAGACCGAGGGAGAUGGAGGAGAUGAGUCAGAGCUAAAGAAACCCCAGGACCUGUGUUCCCUCUACAAGACUUAUUCAGACUUUGCCAGCAGUCUGUCCAAGGAGAUCCUGGGCUCCGUGUGUGGAUACCAGUCUCCUAUGGACCUCAACGACAACAAGAAUCUGAGCUGUGUCUGUCACAAGGAGUUCCAGAACCAGUCUGGACACGUCAUGAAGCUGUCUGAGAUCCAGGAGACGGUGACUGUCUCCAAGCUGCAACAGAAGCCCCAGUCUCUGAAGGACGGGAUCCAGAGGUUUGCCACAGACUUGGUAGAGAUGAGUCUGGGCAGCGCUCUGAGAGACCUGCAGAAGGGAGUGUCCUCUUGCACCACCACCCUCUGCCACCUGGCUGCCAAACUCACCACAUCUGUCUUCCAGAUGGCCUUCCAAGAGAUUGGCAUGCGCCGCGCCUACGUCCUGAAGGAACGGGCCAUCAACGGGCUGGCUGGGUUCCUGGUGGGAGAGGCAGUGUCGGGCGCUCUGAAGGACUUCCUGACGGUGAAGAAGCAGAUGUUCAACAGCACUGUGACUCAGUUUGCCGCCGACCUUGCGGAGGAGCUGGUGUUUGAGGGGAUGAUGGAAGUGUGUCAGUUCUCCCACCCCUCCACCCCCCUCACCCCCAGUGACUGGUCCUUCAGUGUGGGGGAGGGGGACGAUGAGGAGGUGGUGUCCUCCUAUGCCUCAGACCUCUCUGAGUCUGUCCUCCAGGAGGCCUUCAUCGAACUGUCCCAGGCUGACGUGGCCUUCACCACCCAAGCAGCCAUCAGUGUCUCUCUGGACAACAUAUUCUACGUCAGCACUGACGAAACACACACUACCUGCAGUACCGCUGCUGACCACCAGGCUAACCCUGCCGAGGAAGGCCCAGGUCCAUCAGGGGAGGAUGGCUGUACUGUGAAGAAGGCUCUGUUCUGUGUGUCUGGGAUGGCCAGCUGUGUACCUGUCCCCCAGGCAGGCCAGGCCAUCUCCCUCUUACACGACUCAGAAGACAUCUGCCAGUGUAAGACCAGCCUGGCCCACACCUCCCAGACUAGCCCUAAGAGGAGCUGCAGCUCAGAGAGCAGAAUGGUGACCACAGCCACCUCUGAUGCUACUGCUACCACACAGACUGACCUGCUGCCAAAGACCCCCUUUCACAACUUCUCUGGCAACAUGGUGGAUAUGAUAGUGAGUGAAGCAUGUGAGCUGAUGACUGCCACAAAGAUGAAGAAGAAGGUGGAGGACUGUGCUGACUUCCUUUCUAAAGCCAUUGUUGGUCGGGGACCUCCAUCCGGACAGGAGGGUACUGUCACUGACCAGACCUCCCACUCCUCUCUCCACCCUCAUUCUCAGAAGCCAGGGAGAGUGACCUGUGAGUCAGGCUCCAGGACCAGCAGAGCUGUCUCAGAGACCCGGCCUGUGAUGAUGAAGGACACUCUAGAGAUUCCAGGGUUGGAGAUGGACGGCCGGGAAGGCAGGAAGAUGGCCUCCGGUGAGGAGAUGGUUCCCAGCACUGGUUGCAAGUCCAGCGGGACCCCUGGUACGCCCCCCUCCACCCCCCAGCAUCCCAACAAGGUGUCCCAGGAGAAGCAGAUCAAGCAGUUCUCCAAGAAGCUGAAAGGCAAACUGGCCAAGGAGUUCUCUCCCGCCACCCCUCCUCCCACCCCACACUACCAGCCAGGGCCUGAGCCCAAAGAGUCUCCCUCUGAGAUGGACAAGGCUGACUUCAUGCUCAAACUGAUGAGGUCUCUGUCUGAGGAGGCAGACGGGAACGAGGAAGAGGAGGGUGGAGUAGAAGGGCUUAACUCUGGAACCGAGACAGGAAACCGUCCGCAGCCAGAACUCAACCUAUUGGUUGGAGGACACAAGAUGGCCGACAAGGGAGCCCUCCAUUACGCAGAGCGCCUGGCGUGCCACAUUGUCUCCAUGGCGACAGAGAUGGACACUCUGGGAGGAGUGGAGGAUGGAGGUAGGAGGACGGUGGAGGAGAGAAGAGACAGCGUGGCCCAGUUCUCGGAGCAGACCCUGAACACGCUGUGGAUCUACGCUGGCGAGGUGGCGGGAGAGGUGAUCAGUGACGUGAAGAGGAUAAUGGGGUCAGGACAGUGUCGUCAAAGAGCAGUCAAACGAGCCAGCCAGGACUGGUCAGGGGAAUGCCCUCACCACCACAACCAACUCCAGCCCAGUGAACACAGCAGGGGCUGCAGAGUGGGUCAUCUGGCUGAACAGUGGUCUGGUGACCUCUCCUCUGUCCUCCACCCGUCAACUUCCACCUCUACUGUCAGCUCUGGCCUGUCCUCUGACUAUCCCAGCUGUGAAAGUGUGACAGAUGAGUACGCUGGCUACCUAAUCAGGGUGCUGAAGAAAGAGGGAGGCAGCAGGGAGCUGGUCCUGGAUCAGUAUGCCAGCCGUCUGGCCUACCGCUCCAUUAAACUGGGCCUGGCCCAUGCUGCCCGCAACAUGAAGAAGAGACCCUCCUCCUCCAGGCACCACUCCUCCAGAAGGCUCCACCAGGAUGGCUGCAGGGGGCCCUAUGCUGAGCCGUCUGUACCCAGGGACGAAGCAGGGAGAGUGGGAUCUCCUUCCAGCGACUCUGAUGAUGGGAGCCAGAGGGAGUACAUGGAGCUGGUGAACUUCGCAGAGUCGUUGGCGUACAGCAUCACCUGUGACGUCACACGCAAACUCUGUGUGUCGUCAGACCGACUACCCAAGUCCCUGACUGACUCGUGUCUGUAUCAGAAAUUCAAGCUGGAGGACAUGGCAGAGAACCUGAUCAGGAACUCCUUUUCAUGCCCCCUGCUGGCCAACGAGGGAAAUAACAGGCAGUACCACAACACAGGCUGCCUGGACGACGGAGGAUACAGCAGUGGAGUCAUGCAGGUCAUGGAGCACUAUGCCAGGAAGAUAGUGGACGACACACUGGAGAUGGGCCUGGCCUCGGCCGGACACCCAGCCCAACAGGGUCCAGACAGACACUCACACUCUGAGAGGCCGUCUGAGGGGGGAGCAGUGGGCUCUGUGCUGGGGGAGACAGCCUGCCGAUACUGCCAGGUCAUCGAGUGUCCGUUCUGCUCGUGGCCUAGCAGGCAGUACAUCCUUGGGGCAGGAGCAGGCCAGAGGAGGAGGCCGGACGGGGAGGUGGGGGUGUGUGGCCUGGAGAUCCCUGAGAUUUACAUCGAUCUGGACCGCAGGGCAGUGUUCGCAGAGGAGAUCGUCACUACGGCGAUGGAGGGGGCGAAACGAGAGCUGAGCAACACCAGCCUGAACGCUGACAGCGGGAUCGGACACGACGGACCAAGCUUUGCCGAGAGUCUGACCGCAGAGAUCAUGACGUCCGCGCUGUCCAACGCAUGCCAGACUGCCAACCUCAGCUCUCCAGGCAGGGAGGCCACAGAGUCCACGGUGUCCCAGCAGCUCAGUCUGAGUGUGGGAGAUGACAGUCUGGGCAGCUGGUCCAACCUCAGCUUUGAGGACGAGCACCCCGACGAGACCAGCAGCUUCCUGCACCUCAGCGACAGCAAUGGGAACAGCAGUAGUUGGAGCAGCCUGGGGUUAGAGGGAGAGAUGUAUGAGGAGCACCUGUCCUUCUCUCCUUCCGACAGCGACUGCACGGAGGACAAGGAGCCUGAGACCAAGGAUGAAUUCUGCGGUUCUGUGCGUGUGGACCGGGACCAGGCUCAUAGGCUCCUCCUGGUGGUCAAUUCGGAGCUCAGGGAGAUGACCCCUGACCCACAGCACAUGACCUUUGACCCCCAGCUCAGGAGCAUGCUGCAGUGGGCGGCGGCCUCCAUUGCAGACCUGCCAAUGGUUCAGCUGGGUCAUAGUGGCAGCUGGGACCUGCAGCAGCUGCCUGCGGUGGUCCAGAGGGUGAAGGAGAGGGAGUGGAGGGUGGGAGAGCUGCUCCAAGCCCUGCUGCGCUACUGUGAGGAAACCUUCACCCCACCCCAGUCUGAACCCAGAGAGGAGACACCCCAGGCGGGGAAAGCACUCCACCACACUCCCCUCUUCCAGUGGCUCCUGGAGCACGCCUAGGCUGACUGCACUUACCCUCACCUCUCGCUCCUCUCCCCUUCCUCCUCACAUCCCCUUCAUCCUUAUCUCCUCUCCCUCCUCACCUCUCCCCUCUCUCCUCUCCCCUCCCUCCUCACCUCUCCCUCCUCUCCUCUUUUCUCUCCUCACCCCCACGUGACUUACUGUACAGUAUCUGUGAAGCCUGCCACAUAGUGAGCACUACCUGGCCAUGUUAAACUAAACCCUAUGAAGAUUCUCAUCACUAGCGUACCUGCCAAACCCCAAAUCUAGCCGCCUCCUCAUACUGUGGAUCCUGUCUCUUAUAGGGCUGUACACCCAUUCACACAGAGGGCGCUAUAAAAACAGCUUUCUUAAUAUUAUCUAUUGUGUUUGGAUGGGUGAGCGGGCGUGGGCAUAUUGUGUUUGGGUGGGUGAGCGGGCGUGGGCAUAUUGCAUGCCGUGACUGAAAGUAAUUGUGUCUUUUCUUCUCUUUGGUUUUGUUGUGUUUCUUUUGUGUUUAAUACCCGUUAAACGGGUGUCCUGACUCUCUGAGGUCAUUAAAGAUCCCAUGGCACUUAUCGUAAGAGUAGGGGUGUUAACCCCGGUGUCCUGGCUAAAUUCCCAAUCUGGCCCUCAAACCAUCAUGGUCACCUAAUAAUCCCCAGUUUACAAUUGGCUCAUUCAUCCCCCUCCUCUCCCCUGUAACUAUUCCCCAGGUCGUUGCUGCAAAUGAGAACGUGUUCUCAGUCAACUUACCUGGUAAAAUAACGGUAAAAUAAAAAUAAAUAAAUAAAAAUAUUAGGCUGCAUGUCACAUGCGUUGACUAGUGUGCUAUCGUUGACUAGUGUGCUAUCGUUGACUAGUGUGCUACCGUUGACUAGUGUGCUAUCGUUGACUAGUGUGCUAUUGUUGACUAGUGUGCUAUCGUUGACUAGUGUGCUAUCGUUGACUAGUGUGCUAUCGUUGACUAGUGUGCUAUCGUUGACUAGUGUGCUAUCGUUGACUAGUGUGCUAUCGUUGACUAGUGUGCUAUCGUUGACUAGUGUGCUAUCGUUGACUAGUGUGCUAUCGUUGACUAGUGUGCUAUCGUUGACUAGUGUGCUAUCGUUGACUAGUGUGCUAUCGUUGACUAGUGUGCUAUCGUUGACUAGUGUGCUAUCGUUGACUAGUGUGCUAUCGUUGACUAGUGUGCUAUCGUUGACUAGUGUGCUAUCGUUGACUAGUGUGCUAUCGUUGACUAGUGUGCUAUCGUUGACUAGUGUGCUAUCGUCGACUAGUGUGCUAUCGUCGACUAGUGUGCUAUCGUUGACUAGUGUGCUAUCGUUGACGACUGCCUUUCUGUUAAAGCCCUCUCGCCCUCUGACACCGUCAUCGCACACAGCCACUCUCUCACAUCAUCUGGUGUGGGCCGAGGGAAUCUGACCCCCGCAACUUCCAUCUCCUACCCCAACACAGAAACACUCUUGCUGUGAAUUCACGUUAAGGGUGGUGAGGCUGGGCAUUUCCACCAGCUGCCCCAGGCCUCUGCCUCCUUCUAGAUGAUACUACAACAUGAUGAAAUGUUUGAGUGAGUGGCCCCAUAUCCUGUUAGGGUUAACAGUACAGUUAGUCAGUCAGUCAACCACAGCAGCGAACAUUCACACAGGCCCAAAAUAAAUCUCUGGUGUUAUUGUGACACUGUGAUUGCUUGUAUUAUGAAGGGAAUUUCAGACAAUGUGAAAUGAUGUGGAUAUUGACCAUACUGUGGCUUCUCUACACUGUAAUAUACAUGGCCUGCCUGCGCAUGUUGAACUGGUGAGUUUGCAUGGCUGUUCUGCUUCUGACAUCCCUGGACAAACGGACUGAGAACUUAACACUCACUAUUGUGUUAUGGAACUUCCCAGGAAUGCAUUAGCAGGCCUUUGUGCUGUGAUCCAUUACAAUCACUUACAAUGUAAUAAACAACAUGUACGUACUCCUCAAAUGGUUACAUGCACUGUACUAUAGCUAUAGCUAGUUCUGCACUGUACUAUAGCUAUAGCUAGUUCUGCACUGUACUAUAGCUAGUUCUGCACUGUACUAUAGCUGUACCAUCAGCAGAGCCUAUUUCAGUGUUUACCAUGGCCUGAUCCUCAUGCUCUUCAUCACUUGAAUAUUAUUAUAUUGAGAUGCCUGUCAGUGAAUGAGCCCUAAAGACACUUCAGCUGUGCAAUAGCCCCAGUUAGAACUGCCUUACAGCACAGCUGUAGACUCCACGUUGUCAAACUGCCUGACAGCACAGCUGUAGACUCCACGUUGUCAAACUGCCUGACAGCACAGCUGUAGACUCCACGUUGUCAAACUGCAUGACAGCACAGCUGUAGACUCCACGCUGUCAAACUGCCUGACAGCACAGCUGUAGACUCCAUGUUGUCAAACUGCUUGACAGCACAGCUGUAGACUCCAUGUUGUCAAACUGCUUGACAGCACAGCUGUAGACUCCAUGUUGUCAAACUGCCUGACAGCACAGCUGUAGACUCCACGUUGUCAAACUGCCUGACAGCACAGCUGUAGACUCCAUGUUGUCAAACUGCCUUAAAGCACAGCUGUAGACUCCACGUUGUCAAACUGCCUGACAGCACAGCUGUAGACUCCACGUUGUCAAACUGCCUGACAGCACAGCUGUAGACUCCACGUUGUCAAACUGCCUGACAGCACAGCUGUAGACUCCACGUUGUCAAACUGCCUGACAGCACAGCUGUAGACUCCACGCUGUCAAACUGCCUGACAGCACAGCUGUAGACUCCAUGUUGUCAAACUGCUUGACAGCACAGCUGUAGACUCCAUGUUGUCAAACUGCUUGACAGCACAGCUGUAGACUCCACGUUGUCAAACUGCCUGACAGCACAGCUGUAGACUCCACGUUGUCAAACUGCCUGACAGCACAGCUGUAGACUCCACGCUGUCAAACUGCCUGACAGCACAGCUGUAGACUCCACGCUGUCAAACUGCCUGACAGCACAGCUGUAGACUCCACGUUGUCAAACUGCCUGACAGCACAGCUGUAGACUCCACGUUGUCAAACUGCUUGACAGCACAGCUGUAGACUCCACGCUGUCAAACUGCCUGACAGCACAGCUGUAGACUCCAUGUUGUCAAACUGCCUGACAGCACAGCUGUAGACUCCACGUUGUCAAACUGCCUGACAGCACAGCUGUAGACUCCAUGUUGUCAAACUGCCUGACAGCACAGCUGUAGACUCCAUGUUGUCAAACUGCCUGACAGCACAGCUGUAGACUCCACGUUGUCAAACUGCCUGACAGCAUACAGUACAGUAGGCCACUGCUGAUGCCUUGUGUAUUAAUGCUGAUUCUCUGUGCUGCCAAAUGUUUCUGAUCCAUGUGAAAUCUGAAAAAUGUUUCACAUACAUUGUGUUUAUAACCUUAACGUAUUCGAACACUGUUAAGAAGCAAAUGUACUUUAAAACUUGUAUUAGGAAAAAACACAUUCCCGAAAUGUCUAGGGCAAAAUGUAUUAAAUGGGAGAAAAUGUAUGUAAUUAAAGAGGGAUAUAUGGGAGAUGGAGAGAGAGAGAGUGCAUAUAGAGCCUAUAAGAGUUUGCCAACUAUGCCACAGUAUAAUAACAACACAGUAUCCAGAUUUGUUUUCAGAGGGAGAUUGUAAAAUGAGUAUUUGUGUUGUGAUUGUAAACAUAUAGACAGCUGAUCGCUGUCAGGCCCUCCUGUAUCUAUCAAUGUAUUUAGUGUUCCUGUACAUUCCAAUGCGCUCCUUCACAGGCCACCUGCCGCUAUAAUGUGUUAUUUAAAGCUGAAUGUGCGUCCGCAGAGAAAUAACUCCAUAGUAUGAGAUGUACUAUCAGAUAAGUCUAUUUUGUUACUGUCAUUGUUGCAGUUUUACUACCAUCUUGUGCUGCACCGCAGAAGGCAAACUGUUUACUGGAUCCUGUAUUUUUCCUACUUUGUAUAAUUUUGCCAAAUCAGAUAUUUAAUGAUAAUUGAAGUUGUAACAGUGAGUACACUACUAUUUGUUCCCUUCUAGUGACAUCGCUAAAUAUUUCACACAUUCUAAGCUUGACUGCAAAGCACUGUAUUUGUCAUUGUUUAAGCUGUGUAACAAUAAAGCUUUUUCAUGUGCUCUGGUA